AUGACUCACCGAAUUGAUUUACUUUUACCGAAUGGGCGUACAUUCUUUCUUCCUUUAGAUCAGGAUCUGAAAGGAUGCGCUGUUCGCGACUUUUUAAUGCAUUUUGAACUCCAAAAUUACGUAUUUUGCAGAAAUUCGCCCGUCCAAAACCAAUUUGAUAUUCUUUAUUCAUCAGAUACCGACAAAAUCAAGGUCUCAGAGAAUAUUACUACAGAUUUUAUCGAGGCCCCUCUCACUUCUUUCUUUGUUUCUGAUAGAAAUGUUACAUCCAAGCAACAAAGAAUGCCUUUAUUUGUUUUUGAUAUCGAUGAGUUUAUUGAGCAGAACGCAGUAUUGUCGGCAUCGAUUCCGUUAACCAAUUUUACUCGAAAACACCAAAGAGUUAUUUUGAAUGUCAAAUUACCAACAGACUUAUGCAUCAACAUCGAAGCAAAAAUUUCAAAGACAGUAUCUUCUAUUCAGAAGCAAGUUUACGAGCAGCUUGCUUCCAUUUAUGGCCAAGAUGCUGUUAGAGAGUCGAAAGCUUACCGCCUUGGCACAAUGAAAGGCGAAUAUCCAUCCCACAAGCUGAAACUUUCCGAGUCCCCUGAAAUGAUGACAGCAAUCAAGCUCCAACAACAAGAUAUUACUAAACCACAAUUUGUUAUGAUGCAAAUCUCAGCAGAAACAGAAUUUUCCAAGGCUGCUAAGCAAUACAUUAGUGAUCUUGAGCUCAAAAAUAUUAUCCAAACAUCAGAAGUCUUAACAUUCAAUUCAUCAUUUUCCGAACUCCGUAAAGAGGUUGAAUCCGCCAGAACAUCUCGCUUAGAACAGGAUCCAUUACUUGCUCGCAUGCGUCUUAACGCCAGCGAUCCACCAUUAACCACUUGCAGGAAAAAGAAUGUUCCUAUCAAAGUUGAUACUCGUUAUGUUGCAUUAUCUGGUGAAGCAACAGCUAUUUCCUUAGCUAUACAAUUCGAUACUACAGCAUCUCAAGCCAUUCGUGAUCUUUUUGCUAAAAUGCAAGAACAUCAAGGUAUUGGCAAAGAUUUGAACCCAGACAACUACGCUUUGACCCUUCAAGGCACCGAUGAAGUUGUUGCUGGUAAUUUCCCUAUCAAAGAGUUCGUUUGUGUCAGACAAUUUUUGUUAUCUGUUACUCCCUUCAUGAAUUUCCUUCUUGUAGACAAGAAUCAGCUCAUAGAUCAGAUCAAGUCCAAGGAGCUCUCAUAUUCUGCACUUCCCGAGCCAACUCCCGAGCAGCAAUACAAACCAAUUAUUCUCAAAGAAAUUGAGAAGCCAUCUUUCGAUAUUAUGGGUGGUUUCCCGCAUUCUAUUGCCAAAGAGAACUUCUCCAUCUUCAUUGGAGGCUGUUUUAACAUUCCUCCAUCUUUGGCCGCAUCUAUUUACAUGAUCCGUGCCGUCAUAAUUCACGGAUCAAACGAACUCGGAGCACCAGUGAUGACAAGACCAGCGCUAGGCGGAACAAGCGUUUCCUGGAACGAGAUGUUGACAGUUUCCCUCCAAAUCCAACAGCUUCCAAGGUCAGCGAGAGUUGCAAUCACUCUCUACAACUACGAGAAGAUUGGUUCAAAAGGAAGCGCUAUUGCCACUAUUAAUAUUCCAGUUUUUAAUUUCGACGGCUGGUACAACUCCGGAGUCAACUUCCGCUCUAUGUGGAAUGGCAAGGACACAGAUCCUCUCAUCACAACUUGCCAAUGCGAAGAUGACGACGCCACCCGCAUUUUGUUCGAAAUUCCACAAUAUAUCUUCCCAAUUGCACAUUUGAGUCCUCCUCCACAGCAAUCAAGACAAGUCGGGUCAUCAAUGAGAGUCACAGCCCAACAAAAGGUCGCUGUCGACAAUUUGAGAAAGAAAGUUUUCGAUCCACUCAAAAAACUGACAAUGGAAGAAAAGAACUUGAUUUAUCGUUACAGACAUGAUUUGUACGACAUGUCAUCUUUCCUUCCAUUAGUUCUCAGCUCCAUUGAUUACACAGUUCCGACACAAGCGCACGAAAUCGCUGGAUUACUCCAACAAUGGGAGAAACCGAAACCUGCAGAGGCAUUGAGUCUUUUGGAUUCAGAAUUCGCUGAUCAACGCGUUAGAGCAUAUGCUGUUGAAUGUUUGGAGUCAUUGUCUGAUGAUGAAAUCAUGCUUUACAUGUUGCAAUUAGUACAAGCAUUGAAAUACGAGAUGUACGAUGAUUCUCCACUUUGUAGAUUUUUGUUUAGAAGAGGUUUGGCAGAACCGAAAUUUCUUGGUCACCAGCUCUUCUGGCAAUUGAUCUCUGAAGCUCACAUCUCUCACAUCAGACGUAGAUUCUCUAGUUUCGUCGUAAACUUCUUGUACGGAUCAGGAAUUUACAGAGAUGAACUGAUCAAAGGUUACAAAUUCACUCAAGAACUCGUCCAGCUGAAUCACAAACUCUGCAAAUUGUCACACACAGAAGCAACUGAACCUUUCAGAGAGGCACUCAAGAAUUUUGACCUGCCAAACGAAUUCCAUCUGCCUAUGGAUCCAAGAUUGGUCGUUGAUGCUUUUAUCGUUGAAAAAUGUAAAGUUAUGAAUUCAAAGAAAAAACCGUUUUGGCUAACAUUCCACAAUGCCGCUCCAUUUUCAACGGAACCCAUCCGUGUUUUGUUCAAAGUUGGUGAUGACUUGAGACAAGACCAAUUAACACUACAAGUCAUGCGUGUCAUGGAGUAUCUUUGGAGAAAGGAAGGAAUAGAUUUACACAUGAGAUGUUAUGGUGUUUUGCCAACAGGUUUCAACCAAGGAUUCAUCGAAGUUGUUCCUAACGCUAUCACAGAACAAGCUCUUCAACAAGAGAAAGGAACAUUCGCGGGUGUUUGGGAUAAUAACACAUUGACUGAUUAUUUAUACAAAGUCAAUACAACAGAACAAAACCAACAACUCGCGAGAGAGAAUUUCAUGUAUUCAUCUGCCGGUUACGCUGUUGCAACAUGUGUUUUGGGUAUCGCUGAUAGACAUCCAGGAAAUAUCAUGUUGCAAACUGAUGGCCACUUUUUACAUAUUGAUUUUGGCCACUUUUUGGGCAAUUUCAAGACAAAAUUGGGCUAUCAGAGAGAGAAUGCUCCAUUCCACUUCUCUCCUGCAUGCGCAAAUGUUCUUGGAGAUGUAAAUGGAGAGAUGUUCAAGCAGUUCAGGAAAUUAUGUGGAGAUGCAUUGAACAUUCUCAGACAUAACUCAAAACUCCUCGUAACACUGUUGAUGCUCAUGCUUGGAACAGGAAUUCCUGAGUUGCAAAAGGCAGAAGAUAUCAGAUACAUGACUGAUAUGAUGUUCUUGGAUAAGACUGACUCUGAAGCUAAAAUUGAGUUCGACAAACUCACUGAUAUGUCUCUUGAUUCAACAAGAACCAAACUUAAUAACUUAUUCCACAAUAUCGCAGUUUCAGACUAA